AGACAGUUGAGUGGACUAAAGAUAACCGGAGCUACAGUUAAAACCGAUCAUUUACCCGUUCUUAUUGAGACCUGCAUGAUUUGGGAUUUUGCACUAUUUGCUUCUUACGCACCAAAAGUAUAUAUAUCCGUGCGAGGUUGCUGGAGAGACACUCCGCAAAAGGCCAGUCUGAAGAUAUUUCGCCAAUAUGCCCAUGAAACUCGACGGAAGCUGCCAAUGUGGCGGCGUUGAAUUCACCCUCCAAUCCCAAACCCCAGUACCCUACCAGCUAUGUGCCUGCAGCAUCUGUCGCAAAGUCGGCGGCUAUCCUGGCAGUGUGAACUUGGGCGGCAUCGCGGAUAGCCUGAAGGUGCUGAAAGGCCAAGACCUGAUCAAGAAAUACAAUGGAAUCAAAGAUCGCGGAACUCCAAACGAGGAACGCUGCUCUUCCGAGCGCAACUUCUGCUCUAAUUGCAGUACUAUGCUUUGGCUAUGGGAUCAUCAUUGGCCGGAAUUGAUUCAUCCAUUCGCAUCAGCUAUUGAUACCGAGCUGCCGGAGCCGGCUGAGAUGGUCUGUAUUAUGGAGAGUUCUAAGCCGACGUGGAUGCGGUGGCCUGAGGGUAAGAAGAGUACGCAUACUCUUUACAAUAAGGAGAGCUUGGAGGAAUGGCACAAGAAACAUGGAUAUUUUGUUGAGUGAAGGAUGAAAUGUUGUUGUUGGGGGUGUCUUUGAGCAAGGUCUUGGGAGAGUAACGGG